AUGGGGAGUUCCACGUAUAGCAAUGCCUCCGAUCUGGGCUGGGUCGUCCAGAAGUUUGGGGGCACCAGCGUGGGCAAGUUUCCAGACAAGAUUGCUCGCGAUAUCGUCAAGGCGAGUCUGUCGCGGAAUCGUGUCGUCGUCGUGUGCUCGGCCCGCAGCACGGGGAAGAAGGCUGAAGGCACGACGAGUCGGUUACUAGGCGUCUACAACAAGCUGCAACAUGUCGCGCUCGCCUACGCCGCCAGCACGGAUGAGGACCCGGACACGCUCAUCGAGCAGGCCAAGGGCCUCAUCAUGGACAUUUGCAACGACCACAUCUUCGCCGCCGAGUCCUUCGUCAAGGACGCCAGCCUGCGCAGCGACUUGUCCAGGAAGAUCGAGGCCGAGUGCCAGGAGCUCAUCGAGUACAUCAUUGCUGCCAAGCGCUUCAACCUCGAGAUCAACUCAAGAGCAAAGGACCGCGUCAUUAGCUUCGGCGAGAAGCUGGCCUGUCUGUACAUGACAGUGCUCUUGCAGGAUGCGGGUGUGGAUGCCGAGUACAUUGACCUGUGCGACGCGCUGCAUCACGACGCCGCGGCGCACUUGGAUGCGUCAUUUUACAAGUCGGCGAUCGCAGCUUUCUCAAGAAAACUGUCCGCCUGCGAGGGCCGGGUACCCGUCGUCACGGGCUUCUUCGGCAACGUCCCCGGGAGCCUCAUCGACGGCGACAUCGGGCGCGGCUACACUGACCUUUGCGCCGCGUUGUGUGCCGUGUCGCUAAAGGCGCAGGAGCUCCAGAUCUGGAAAGAGGUGGACGGCAUCUUCACGGCCGACCCGUCCAAGGUGCCCACGGCGAGGCUGCUGCCGUCCAUCACGCCCUCGGAAGCGGCCGAGUUGACGUUUUACGGCUCCGAAGUCAUCCACCACCUCACCAUGGACCAGGUCAUCCGGGCGCAGCCGCCGAUACCGAUCCGCAUCAAGAACGUCAAGAACCCCCGUGGCAACGGCACCAUCGUCAUCCCCGACCCCAUGAUGUCGGCGAGCCACCAGCUGCAGCGGGCACGGCCGUCCGGGGCGCCGCUGCCGUCCAAGAGCCCGAAGCGGCCGACGGCGGUGACCAUCAAGGACCACAUCAGCGUCAUCAACGUGCACUCCAACAAGCGGUCCAUCUCCCACGGCUUCUUCGCGCGCGUCUUCUCGAUCCUCGAUAAGCAUUCCAUCUCAGUUGACCUCAUCUCGACCAGUGAGGUGCACGUGUCGCUGGCCAUCCACUCGGGCAGCACGCGCGUCGACGCCUUUGCCAACGCCAAGCAGAGCCUGGCGGAGUGCGGCGAGGUCAGCGUCCUGUCGGACAUGGCGAUCCUCAGCCUCGUGGGCGCCGACAUGAAAAACAUGAUUGGCGUUGCCGGCAAGAUGUUUUCGACGCUCGGCGAGCACAACGUCAACUUGGAGAUGAUUUCACAGGGUGAGUGA